GAUGUCGGGGAGAAAAGAUGAGAAGCUCGCGGCGUGCGGAUGUGGCUUGGGUUUUUGACCGACGGGAAGCGGAAAUUUAGAGGCCGGAACGGAUCUUACAUUGGCGACGAAGGAUAAAAAGAUGAGUGAUGCGCGCCCGCUACCACAGUUCCGCUGUGAUGACAUCGAAAAGAGCAAACUUCACAAGGAAUGGGAAGCCUGGAAAGGCUCUCUGGAAUGCUACUUUGAGUCGGAAGACAUAAUAGACCAGAAGAAGAUGCGCUCCAAGCUGCUGCAUUUGGGUGGUCCUCAGCUACAAAUGCUGUUCAAGUCCUUGCCGGAUAGCGAAAAGUAUGCCUUCGUCACUCCCGAAAAACAAUACUACGACGUGGCGAUUGCAGCAUUUGACAAGUUCUUUCGUCCGGGUCACCAGGAUGUGCUGGAGAGGCAUAAACUGCGGCACAUGAAGCAGAAACCUAAUGAAAGAUUUGCUGAGUUCGUAGUGCGCCUCAGGCAGCAAGCGCUCGAGUGCGGGGUAGACAAAUACACCGCCAAGUUCCGCAAGAUAUUAACAGAUAUCAUGCUGAUCGACGCGAUUGCAGAAGGUUGCCAGUCGGACGAAUUGCGGCGAAGGAUAUUGCAGAAGGACCGAACGCUGGACGAGAUUGAGGAAAUUGGGACGUCACUGGAAGAAGUUGACCGUCAUGUCAAGGAUUUUGGAUCUUCUCGAGAAGCGAUGGUGUCUGCUAACCAGAUCAGACAUGAUGGUCCUAGUAAGAUGGCCUACAACAGAACCAACCAGGAUACCCAAAACAGGUCCCAAAUCCAUACAAGAGAUCUCUCAGCGGGAAAUGCUUCAUCUCGAUCUCGUUUCCAAGCCGAAGCCCAGAACGCAAGAGCAGUGCGGUGCUUUAAAUGCGGACGUCUGGGUCAUUUCUCGUUCGAUCCUGAGUGUCCUGCGGUCAAGGCGACCUGCCCGAUUUGCAAGAAAGUUGGCCAUUUCAAAGAGCAGUGCCGGCAAAGAAAGCCAUACGCGGGGGAACGAGAUCGAUCUGGGCCAGCAAUGAAAAUUCGCGCCGUGCAAGAGACUGUAAAACCGGAUGUUAAGGAUGAGAUCUGCGCGAACGAUUGCAAUCAAGAAGGGGAGGAACGCAAAACAUACUAUGCCUUCUAUUCAGGAUGCGAGGCAAAUCUGAUUCGAUGCCAAGGGGCAGGAAACUCCAAGUAUAAUUAGUUAAUUUAAGUAUACUUACGUUAUUUUAAUAUACUUGUUAGUAUACUAACGAAAUUCGAAUCACGAGACCACCUUAACUUUACGCUUCUUGGCUUUGACAGUUCGUUUCGUUCGUUUGCUUGCCUGUGAUUAUGUUUACGUUGAGCACGAGGCUGAGCAUUAAAAUUGUCAAUAGGUGACAGUUUUUAGGUUUAAUCACAGUUUUAAAGCUGAAAAAUGAACAAAAACGACAGGGUUCACA